AUUGCAACGGAGAUGGACGCGGUUUCAGAAUUUGUUUUUGGAAAGGGCCAUCGAUUAUGACUAUCAUGAUGAAUAGACAAUUAUAUUUUUUAGAAACCUUAAGUGUACUCAACAAAAAAUGUCUUUCGUGGUCAACAGUUUAUGUGGUUCUUCUGUGGUCGAUUGACUUUUACGCGAAUUUAACCGUUUUGUCAACAACACUGUUCGAAAAAAAAUCUAAAAGUCCGAUAAAUGCAUCCAGAUUCAACAAAGCUUUACUAGUUUUCGCCAAAUCCACGUUCUUUGCUGCUCCAUCACUAAUAGUGCCCGUUAUCAUGUGGUUUGAAACAUCUAAACUGGAAAUGUAUUUACAAGAAUGGGCUGAUUUCCAGAUUAGGUACAGCAAUUUGAUCGGUAAUUCCAGUAUUUCAAAGACUAUCAGAGUCCAAGUUAUACAACUUUUUCGAUCUAUACUCAUAAUACUCAUCGCAUUUGGUACUACAUUGAUGUUAACAACUACCAAAACGAAUUUUCUGCAACUAUUUUGUACGAUGAAAAGCGUUUCGACAAUGGCUUAUAUCACAACAUUUUGGUUUGUUAGUACAAAAAUAAUUAUUGAAACUACUGAAGAGUUUAAAAAUAAAUUGCAAACGGACAUAAAAAAUCCCAUAUACGCUGCUACCAUAGAAGAAUAUCGCUUACUUUGGAUACAUAUGAGCAAGUUGAUUCGUGAAUCAGGAUAUGUUAUAUCGGGUACAAUGUCAUUUUGUAUAUUCUACACGACCAUAUUCGCCAUCCUAACAGUGUAUGUGUUGACCGUGUGGGGAAGUAAAUUGGUAGAACAAAAAGAUUAUACAACGUUAAUAUUGGCAUUUGCAGCUUGUAUUGUUAAUACAAUGUCACUUUACAUCUAUUGCAAUAGCGGUUACAAACAAACAAAAAAAGUUGAAUGA